GUAAGUCAAGCACGACCUGCACAAACUAGAGUAAAGCUGGAGAUCCUUCGCAGCAAAACAUAACCCGUUCAUUCUCCGCGUUAGCCAGUAAAAGAAAAAAGGGCUUUGUCCACUGCAUACAACACAUACCUAUUGGACUGAGUGAAUUAAAACUCUGAUGGAAGUCUUAUGAAAGAGAAGUACAAGUUUUCAGUAACUAAAGAAGAUGAACUGGGGCCAGCUGUAUUCUCUGUUAGGAGGCGUGAACAAGCACUCCACCAGCCUUGGGAAGGUCUGGCUGUCCGUCAUCUUCAUUUUCCGCAUUAUGAUCCUCAUCGUGGCAGUCGAGAGCGUCUGGGGAGACGAGCAAUCAGACUUCACCUGCAACACCCUGCAGCCCGGCUGCAAGAAUGUCUGCUACGAUCACUACUUCCCUAUCUCCCACAUCAGGCUCUGGAGCCUGCAGCUCAUUUUCGUUUCCACUCCUGCUCUCCUGGUAGCCAUGCACGUGGCUCACAGCAUAAAAGAGGAAAAGAAGGAUCUCAUUAGAACUAUGGGUGACAAAGCAGAUGUGGACAUAGAAAUGCUUAAGAAGAGGAAGUUCCAUAUUGUGGGGCCGCUGUGGUGGACCUACGCCAUUAGUCUGUUUUUCAGGUUGCUAUUUGAAGCUGCCUUCAUGUACGUUUUUUAUUAUCUUUACAAUGGCUUCCAUAUGCCACGCCUGGUGAAAUGUGACGCCUGGCCCUGCCCAAACACAGUUGAUUGUUUUAUUUCUCGACCCACCGAGAAGACCGUGUUCACCAUUUUCAUGAUUGCUGCCUCGUCCCUGUGCAUGGUACUCAAUGUGGCUGAGCUGUCCUACCUGAUCAUUAAGGCUUUGCUGGGGUGUUGCAGAAAACAAAACUAUCACUCUAGUCACGUUUCCAAAAGUAAGGAACGCCACCAAAAUAAAAGGAAUGAAAUCCUGCUACUGGAAUCCAGCAAGGCUAGUGCUCCAUAGAAAUAAGCCUAACACCUUAAUGGACAUUUACAGUGUUUCACUUCAACAUAUGUUCAACGUACAUGCUGCCAGAUACUAGAGUAACCAGAGGCUCUCAUGUUUUGUUUUGUUCUUUAGAAAAUAGACCUUUAACGUGUGUCCAGGUUGUGUUUGCAAUGCUGUCCUCUUUACCUUAUGACAGUUAUUAUAGCAAGCACAUAUUAGCAUACAGAAUAUGACUGUUUUUUUUUAAUUCAUUCAUAAUUAGUAAUAAUUGUUUUAUUAAUGAGUUUCCACAGACAUUAACAGAAUGCUGUUAAUGCAUUACAAAUAAGAAUAGUAAAUUAAACACAGAACUGCAUUAUCAGUAGUAUACUGGGAUGAUAGAACAGUGUUAUUCACCCUGUUUGGCACAAUGAUGUACAUGUCAGCUGCAAGUGUCAAAUAGAUUUACUGUAAGACUAAGAUUGUAGAGGUGCCAGACAAGGCCAAGAAAAGUCCAGUGUCCCAGACAACCUGUAAUGAAUGUAGAUUAUAGUUCCUGAUAUGUUUGUUAAUUAUGACUGAUACUGAGAGUCUGCAGCAAAAUGUAAUGAGAUGUGUUUUUUUAAGCAAGUUGAACAAAUCUGAAUAUUAUGGCUGAGAAAAUUAUGGCAUUUCCCUUUUAACAUUCAUUUUAUUUUCCUUUUAUUUCUUAUAUGAUUUUUACAUAGCACACAGUGUCCUCCAGUGGCCAUAUGUUGUAUUGCGGCAAAGAUCUAAAGGGAAAGUCCAGUAUAAAUUUAUUGCACACCCUUAAUAUUUGUACAGCUCAGAGGUCAAACCAUUGUGACCAUACUGUGUUUAAAAUGAAGUUAUCAGACAGUAUUACACAAACAAUGUAACUGAGUUGGAAUUAUAGUUUUUUUUUUUUAAACUUGACAUGUGCAUUAGAAACAAAUUCUGUCUGGUUUAGUCUGCAAGUCCCUUGAUUUAAGUGUCACACUGCUUCAUGAAACUGUUGGGCUACUACAGAAAAGAAAGGAAACUGUUCAUGCUAGUAAGGGCUUCAGGGUGACCCACCACUGUUUCAUUUUAAGCAGGAUAAAAAGAAAAUAGAUAUUUCACAACAGUUAUGUUCCUUGCACUUUAAAGACAUGUAUGUAAAAAUUAUGCUUAAAGACACUGGAUAAAGAUUAACUUUUUAUGGUACAAUUACCAAAUAAGUGGAUGAAGUUGAGCAAUGACAGCAGCCGUCAUCCAUUUCACUUCCGGCCUGGGUUGGAAUCCAGCUUGAGUCGUAAAUGAAAUUACUUUGUGAUCUCAAACUAGCCCCCAGCAGACAUUAUUCUGUUGUAUAUCACAAAACCACCACCCACAUUGGUACACUUGUCAGUCUUUGCUUGUAAAAGACAGAAUUACAGGGGUGCAGGUUAGGAGUGAUACUGUAUGCACCUUUGUUACUUGCUGUAUUUCACUAAAACACGGAUGGCGUCCUGUUUUACCAGAGACAGGUAAGAGGAGGUGUCUUCUUUUCUUAUUCCGUUAGCUGGGUUUUAUGUGACAUUUUUACUAUUUCCAAUGCAUACAGCUAUGACCUACUUCAUCUGUGUAAUGCCAGGGACUCUUUUUAGAUGAGUGAUUAAAAACAUUCUUUUUGGCAAAACAAUUCUUUGAAAACUAAGAAACACAUUCUGACCUUCUUUAAAACAGUCGAAAGGGAUUUUUUGAAUUUCAAACUUGAAUGAAUUAAUAUGGGCUGUAUUUAACUAUACAUUUCUUAAAACAGUUCAUCUGGGCACGAUCACAAAAAUAAGGUCUGUUUUUUUAUCACUUAAUCAAGUUUGUAGUUGAACUGCUUUAGAGAGGGUGUGUUCGUUUUUCUAAUUUGCCAGUACACUGUUCAUAUUUCACUGCACUUUGAGAAUGUUUGUAAGUUGUCUUCAACAACAUUCCCUUAAAAAAAAAUGUUAAAACAUCUUGUGAACAGGGGCCCCAAAUUUCUUCAAAAAUUGUUAUUUUACAAACUAUUUACUUUGUAAUGACAUAGUUAUUACUGGCAGAAGUACAUUACAGUAAA